AUGGCUUCUUUCGUCACAAAGGGCCUCGCGUCCCUGGCUGUCGCUGCUACAGUUGCCCAGGCACAGCUAUGGGAUAAGGUCAUUGAGACAUCAUACGGUCCCGUCCAGGGAUAUCAGUACUUCAACGAAUCGACUCUGGAGAAGUUCUUCGAUAUUUCCGAGUCCAACGUUACAGCUUUCUUGGGUAUUCCCUUCGCUGCCGAUACUGGCUACCAAAACCGCUGGAAGGCACCGCAGCCUCGCGAGCGAUGGAACCAAACCCUAAAGGCUACUGCUUUUGGCCCUGCCUGUCCAAGCGCCGAUGCGUCCGACAUCAGUGAGGACUGUCUGAGUCUCAACAUCUGGACCAAUGCUGGUACUGGUGAUGCUAAGCUCCCUGUUAUGGUGUGGAAUCAGGGCUCGGAUGAAACUAGCGACAACAACUGGUGGUACGGCGGUGGUAUGGCCUUGAAGGAUGUCAUUCUCAUCACUUUCAACCGUCGUGAUGAUGCAUUCGGUUACCUUGCUCAUCCGGAACUCAACGAGGAAGGAUACAAGGCUACCGGACACAAGACCUCCGGUAACUACGGUAUCCUCGACCAGCUGGAGGUACUCAAGUGGGUGCAGAAGAACAUUGCCAAGUUUGGUGGUGAUCCAGACCGUGUCGUUGUGGCCGGUCAGUCCUUUGGCUCUUCUCAGGUUUACCACGCCGUCAACAGCCCUCUCUUCACCGGAUACUUCCACGGUGGAAUCUCCCAGUCCGGUAUCAGAUACCCCUACGAUACCCUCCUGGCAGGUCUAGCUACUUCUUACGUGAACAUGUCAACUGCAAUCGAGCACGGAGUCAGCUAUACCACCAACCACAACGUAUCAACCAUCGCCGAGCUGCGCACUCUCUCCAUGGAGGACCUCCUGAUCGGUUCCCAGGACCGUGUCGGCAACGAGUCUAUCUGGUGGGUGACCGCACUGUCGGCAGGCUACCCACUCGUCUUCAAGCCCGUGCUGGACGGCUACGUCCUUCCAGAGAAGUACAUUGAGACGUUGCUCAACGGACCCGCCAACGACGUCCCCGUCAUCACCGGCAACACCAAGGACGAAUCCGGUGCCUCGCCCCAGACCGACUACACAAUCGCCGAGUACGAGUACUACUGCACUCUCAAGUACGGCAACCUGUCCAGCCGUUACUUCCAGCUCUACCCAGACCACAAGAACCAGACUAUCGCAGACCAAGCCUGGAACGCCGCUGCUCGCGACACCUCCCUCAUCGGUUCCUGGGCUUACGCAACGGAUUGGUACAAGGCCGCUUCGUCGUCCUUCUACACUUACUACUGGACCCACGCGCCUCCCGGUCAGGAUCAGGGAGCUUUCCACCAGUCGGAGAUCAUGUAUGCGCUCAACGCUCUCUAUGCGAAUGCCGAUACCUACCCUUUCACCGAGACGGACUAUAAGAUUCAGGAGAAGAUGUCUUCGUACUGGGCCAACUUUGCGAAGACCUUGGAUCCAAAUCAGGGUGGUUCGUAUGCUGGAAAUGGUGCGCUGCCUCAGUGGAGUCCCAGCAGUGCGAAUGGCACCCAGGUUGUCAUGGAGCUGGGUAAUUACUUCGGUAAUGUUCCCAUUGCGAAGCCGAAGCAGGUCAAGUUGAUUAUGGAUUACUUCCAUCAACAGGUUCCCUAUUAG